AUGCUUUUUUUUACAUGCUUCACAACAUUCAGCUGGGGUUUGCACGUUCAAAAAACGAUUUACAGGUACUAUUUUACAUUCAAAGAGUGACAGGAAAGGUCAUUAUAUUUGUCAAGUUCUUAAUGUUUACGACCUUUAAUUUUUUAACCAUUAAUCUAUAUGGCUAUACAUGAAAAUAAAGACUUCUUAAAUAAGAUAGAAAACAAAAUUCUAUUUUGGCUGGCCAAAUUUCCAAAUGCUUACCUGCUCUUUGGAGGGGACUUUAAUACCACCUUGGAUGAUUUAAUGGAUAGAUGGCCAGCUGGAACUCGCACUAGUUCCAAUGCAAAUUUAAAAAUACUCAUGCAAAAAUUUGACUUGAUAGAUAUAUGGAGAGAAAAAUAUCCUUCUGUUCGAAACUUCACUUGGUGCAAUAAAUCAAGAUCUACACAAUCUAGAAUAGACAUGUGGUUAAUUUCAAGUAAUCUUAAAGAAAACACAGAUGUUGAAAUUCUGUCCACCCCUUUGACCGAUCAUAAAGCAAUUUGAAUUAACGUUUCUCUGAUCCCUUCCUUUUGCCGUCCACAUACUUCAUAUUGGAAACUUAAUGGCUCUAUUUUAUCUCAUGAAGCAGUUCAGUCUAUGGUCAAGAGGUUGAUAUUAAAAUUCUGGAAUGAGGCUAAGGCUGACAAACUGUAUAGUAAAAAAUGGGAACUUUUGAAAUUUGAAUUAGGCAAAUUUUUUUAGGAAAUAUUGCAGCGAUCUUUCAAAGCAAAAGCGAUCUGAUGAAGUAAAAGUUAUUUCAAAGAUAGCAGCUCUAUCUCUAUUUCACCUGAUAAAUUGUCUUCUGCAGAAAAAGUGGAAUUAUCAGAAAACCAAAACAAAUUAAGACAAAUUAUAUCAAGUUAAGGCUGAUGGUAGAAGGCAGUGGAUAGAGGAAGGGGAGCAAAACUCUGCAUAUUUUUUUAGACUGGAAAGAUCCCAAAUUGCUACUAAUACAAUUAACAAACUUCUUAUAGAUAAUGUUGUAUGUAAUGACACAACAAACAUUGCUAAGUUCUGCUGUAACUUUUAUAAAGAUUUAUACAGCUCCAAAUAUUGUGAGCAUAAUGCUAAUAAGUUUCUAAAUUCCUUGAUAGACAUAAAGCAAGUCACUCCUGAUGACCAAGAAUUUUGCGAUCGUCCUAUUACAUUAAAAGAAAUAUUAGAUUCAAUUAAGUGCCUGAAGAAAAAUAAAUCACCUGGAACAGAUGGUUUGCUGUGUGAGUUUUAUAAAUCAUUCGCUGAAGAUCUUGCUCCAUUCUUACUGGCGGUUUAUAAUGAAAGUAUUAUUAAGGGAACCCUCCCUCCCUCCUUAACUCAAGGAUUAAUUACUCUUAUUCCCAAACCAAAGAAGGAUCUGUUACUUAUUGACAACUGGCAUCCAAUUAGUCUACUAAAUAACGAUUAAAAGAUCCUGGCCACAAUUUUUGCUGAGAGAUUAAAGUUAGUUCUGGAUGACAUUAUUGAAGAAACGCAAUCAGGCUUUUUAAGAAAUAGACACAUCUCAAAUAACAUUAGGCUUUUGCUCGACAUAUUAGAUUACCCAGAUUUGAUAAAUGAUGAAAGCUUUAUCCUUUUUCUUCACUUUUACAAAGCAUUCGAAUUGAACACAACUUUAUUUUUGAAACAUUAAACCUAUUUGGUUUUGGUCAUUUCUUUCUGCAGUACUAUUAGAACAUCGUAUAAUAAUGGAAAUAGCUCAAUCAAAUUGAAAAAAGGAACAUCCCCGAGAUUCGACUUAAAAUUUAUUUCUGUUAUCCACUCACCUAUUGGCUAGUCACAUAAUAAAUAGUCAAUUGGGUGGAAUAUCAGUUCUGGACAAAAGAAUUAUGAUCAGCCAACUGGCUGAUGAUACAACAAUUUUCUUAAAAGUGUGACAUCAGCUGCUGUGACCCUCACACCUGCAGGUCAGUGGGUCAGCAGUGGGUCCUUUAUAAGGGCGGAGCCUCCACCUGUUCGGCGUCAGAUUGUUGUCUAACCCCUAGUGUCUCGUCCGAUUUCCUGAACCCUCGCCCGCUGCCUUGGACUCCCUGGUGACGACCUCCUGCCUGCCCGACGACUGAUUCCUGGAUAGCCCCAAACCCUGACUGACGCCACGGAUCUGACCCUUGCCUGCCUGACCAAGAGUAGCCAAUAAAUACCAUCUAACCGUGCCAACUGCUCUGUUUCUGAGUCCAUCCGUGCCUGAAGUGCGUGACAAAAAGACUCUUCUGAAGUUUCUCCGGCACUUGAAUUGAUAAAGUUAUUUUCGGAUGCUUCUGGUCUUUGCUUAAAUGUAAAUAAAUGUAAAUUAAUGGCUGUUAAGAAAUGUGAACUUUCCUAUCUCUGCAAUAUCCCAAUGAAGAAACCGUUAAUUACUUAGGAAUAACAUUAUAACAACUCGUCUGGCUGACGUCACUUCCUGUUUGCGGUAGGGCGUAUUGUAUCACUUCCAAGAUGGCGCUGCGCAGGCAGCAGCCAGUCACAUCGGCGGUAUCCCUUCUUUUCCUACUUUCUCCUUUUUAUUGUGUUUUCUGGAUUGCUUGUAUAUUUUUGAAUUCCGCAUCGGGUAUUCUGAGCCUACAUGCCCUGAAGAAACCAACUUUUGGGACUCUAGUGAUUAUAUUUUUGUUACUUUCGGCACAUUUCGAUGCCGCGAGUGGAGAUCCCUUUGUCCGCAACUCCGAGCGUCCCUUGAUCUACACGAGGAACCAGCCUCUAGGACUACGUGACUCCUCGCGCUGUGGCCCCAUUCAUCACCACGCUGAGAAACUAUACAUCCCUGCAGAAAUACGGAGGAGGCGGAGAGGAUGUCGGGGCGGGAGGACGAAGCGGAGGAAAGGUUAUUUACCAUCGGUUGACACGGGAAACGUUAGAUCUUUACGGAACAAGACCGAGGAACUCACAGCACUAACCCGUUUCCAGAGUAAGUACAGAGACGCUAGCAUUAUGUGCUUCACGGAGACGUGGUUAGAUGGAUCUGUCCCGAACUCAGUGAUCUCCACGGACGGCUUUAAACUUAUCCGCGCGGACAGAACUUUUGCGGGGAGCGGAAAGAAGAGAGGGGGAGGGCUGGCGGUGUUUGUGAAUGAGAGGUGGUGUAACGCGGCGCAUGUUCACGUGAAGCAGCAGAUAUGCUGCUCGGAUGUUGAACUUCUCGCAGUGAGCUUAAGACCUUAUUACUUGCCGAGAGAGUUCGGCCACGUGAUCGUGCUCUGUGUUUAUAUCCCUCCCUGCGCGGACGCCGCCGCCGCCGCCGCGUGUGAGCGGAUCAACGCCGCUGUAAACAAUCUGCAAACACAAUACCCCCGCGCUCUCCUGCUGAUCACAGGGGAUUUCAACCAUGCCUCUCUCCAUUCCACCCUCCCCACGCUCAUCCAGUACGUCACGUGUAAAACAAGGGACAAUAAAACGCUGGACCUUUUUUAUGCUAACGUUAAGUACGCUUACACCUCCGCCCCCUCCCCCCUCUGGGACGCUCAGACCACAACCUCGUCUAUCUGCUCCCCCAUUACAUUCCACUGGUGAGGAGACAAAAGGCACAGAAGAAGUCAGUGAAAGUUUGGUCAGACGAAGCCAGUGAGAAGCUGAAGGACUGUUUCAGAACCACAGACUGGAGCAUGUUCCAACUCAUGGUGAUGACAUCAACAGCCUGACUGAAUGCAUCACU